GUCCACAGCUACUGGCCAGUUUUUCGAUUAAUUGACCGCUCAUUGUUUGGGUUUGGGGGUUUAUCUAGGGUUCCUCUCACUGUCUGGUCCAGGCCUCACAUUUUCCAUAACCAUGGCGAAGCCUAGCCGAGGCCGUCGUUCGCCCUCGGGUUCCAUUUCUGGCUCCUCCUCACGCUCUCGUUCCUACUCCGGUUCCGAUUCCCGCUCCUCCUCCCGCUCUCGAUCUCGCUCCAGGUCCUUUUCAUCCAGUUCUUCUCCCUCUCGCAGUGGUAGCUCUCGCAGCCGAAGCCCACCUGUACCUAAGAAAAGUCCUUCUGAUACAGCUCGGCGUGGUCGCUCCCCACCUCCACAAUCUAAAAAGGCGUCUCCACCCCCAAGGAAACUUUCACCUAUCCAUGAGUCACUUGUUCUUCACAUCGAUGCUCUCACCAGGAAUGUGCAUGAAAACCAUCUGCGAGAAAUAUUCGGUAACUUUGGAGAAGUUGUCAAUGUCGAGCUUGCGAUGGAUCGUACUGUUAAUCUUCCAAAAGGAUAUGGAUAUGUUGAGUUCAAGUCAAGAGCAGAUGCAGAAAAAGCUCAAAUAUACAUGGAUGGUGCUCAAAUUGAUGGGAACCUAGUUCGAGCAAGGUUCACAUUACCUCAGCGACAGAAAGUUUCACCUCCUCCCAAGCCUCUCCCUGGUCCUCCAAAGCGAGAUGUACCUAAAGUUGAUAAUGUCAGUGCUGAUAAGGAUGGGCCAAAACGACCAAGAGAACCUUCUCCUCGCCGGAAACCUCCACUCUCACCACGAAAGAGAUCUCCUGUGCCCCGCAGAGGUGGGUCACCCAGGCGACUUCCUGACUCUCCACGCCGUCGUGGUGACUCUCCUCCUCCUCGACGUCGGCUUGAUUCUCCUCACCGUCGUGGUGAUACACCUCCACGAAGGAGGAUUGGAUCUCCUGGAAGAGGUCGUUCCCCAUCCCCUCCACUAAGGCGCCGAUCCCCUCCUCCUAGACCAUCUCCUCCUAGAAGGAUGCGUGGCAGUCCUCUUCGUAGGCGGUCUCCACUUCCUCCAAGGCGGCGUUCACCUCCAAGACGCCGUAGUCCUCCUAGGAGAUCUCCACUAGGUCGCAGACGUAGCCGUUCUCCUGUUCGUAGGCCUCUUAGGUCGCGCUCAAGAUCAUUAUCACCAAGAAGGGGUCGAGGACCAGCUGGAAGACGCGGAAGGUCAUCAUCAUCAUCUGGAUCACCUAGUCCUCGAAAGAUUACCCGGAAAUUGUCUCGCAGUCCUAGAAGGCCGUUGAGAGGAAGAAGCAGCAGCAACAGCUCCAGCAGUAGCUCACCUCCUCGAAAGCCAUAGGAAAAAGCUAACCCCACUAUGUUUUGGUCUGGUAUGAUUGAGCCAUGAACUAUGUUAUGUCUAAAAAUACUAGAGAGGCUGAGUUGAUAUUCUCAUUUUACUAGUUUGUGUAUGAAGAAGAAGAAGCAAUAUUGUAUUUCAGAUUAGUUGUUUUGGUUGAAUGAUGAUUAUCACUUUUCUCCCAUUCA